GGCGAAGGUAGUUUGUCUUUCUUUACCUCUCUUUCGUCGUACAGCUAAAGUAAUCGUAACUCUAGACUACAGAUACACGGCCCUUGUAUGUGUGAUUUGGAGUCACAGUUCCAACUUUGUUAGGCUGAAAAUCUCUACACGGCUACAGCAGGCCCCGUUGACCUUCAAACUCGACCCGGCACGAGUUGCAUAGUCGCUGCAAAAAAAGGAGGCGUAGGCGAGGCAGGUUGAUCACGCGCAAGGGGCAACGUCAACGCGAUGUCACCCUAGCCUUUUCAAGUAUUAGUUACAUGACUAGUCUGGUAGUUACUUGGUAGUCGACAGUCCCAACUUUCAUUCAACACUGACCGCCGACCACUGGCUCUAGUUUUGAGGCAUCGACGGGACGACGUGGAAACGACGUACCUGUUGAUGAAGCAGUAAUUGCAGUAAGUGCAAUCUUGAAGAAUCUGCUCCUCCUCUGCACCGAAAUGGAUGUGCCCGGGACAUAUCGCUUGGUUCUCGUUCUCGUCAUGCUUGGACUAACGUUACCAACAUGUUUUAGCAUGAGGAACGACGCCGGGCACGGUAUUUCAACGGUAGAUACUCCCUACGGCUUGCACUUGUCGUUUGGUGGUGGAGGCGUAGUAAUGGGGUCAGUUCGCUGCAUUUGGGCAACCGGCAGGCGUUGGUCUCCUAGUUUGAAUGGCAGUGCAGUGUGUCGCUAUGGCCUAGCUCCAGAUCAGCUUCAUUUGACAUCAGGCGGCCUUACUUACACGUACACGGCUGGAAACUUCACUGGCUCACUGCACGAGGUCACGAUGGUCAGCAUACCGAGAAGUCCUGGCUCAAGAGUGUACUACCAGUGCGGUAGUGAUGCAGCAUGGAGCGACAUCUUCAACUUCACCAUACAGGCAGAAAACGUCACCACCUCGGCCAACUCCUCUCAGCCUUGGAUUGGUGUUAUCUGCGACAUGGGUGUUAAACAUUCCGAAGACACGGUGUCAUCCAUAAGCAAGGCUGUGAAACAAGGCAACGUGCAGGCGGUCGUGCAUGGAGGAGACAUCUCGUACGCUAAUGACUACGAUCCAUCUGCCAACAACGCCUACAUCUGGCAGGAUUACUUUAACGAAGUUUCGCACUUCGCGGCAUACGUUCCCUACAUGACGUGUCCUGGAAAUCACGAGGCGCAGUUUGCUUUCGCUGGCUAUCUCAAUUGGCUGCGCAUGCCAGACAUCAGUGGCUCGCCGUUCUAUCAUUCGUUCGACUACAUGGGCAUACACUUCCUGAUGUUCUCCACCGAGCACGACUUCAGCAAUGGCAGCGCGCAGCACGGCUGGAUGGUGAAAGACUUGCAGCGGGCACACGCCAAUCGAGAGAACGUGCCAUGGAUCAUCGUCAUUGGCCAUCGGCCACUCUACUGCUCUGAUCUAGUGCUGCUGAAAAGAUGCGUGGAGGAGGCGCCAGUAUUCCGCGGCUACAUCGAAGACCUGCUGAACCUGUACCGAGUCGACGUCUACAUCAGCGGACAUAAUCACCAGUACGAGCGAUCGUACCCGGUUUACAACCUGACGGCCACCGCCAAGGACUACGUGGAUCCCAAGGCUCCCGUCUACAUAGUGGACGGUGCGGCCGGUUGCAAGGAGAGCAUUGAUCCAUCGUUCGAGCCGUCCGAGUUGGUCCCGUGGAGAGCACACCACAGCGACUACUUCGAGAGGAGCUGGUUGAAAAUCCGUGCCACGCCGAAGGUCUUGCAGUUCCAGCUGACAUCGAGCGCAGACGACCGCGAGCUCGACAGCUUUGAGAUCACAAGGAGCACAGUUGCGCAUUAGGCCUCAGCGUACGCCUUGCAAUUACCAGUAGAUUGAAGUUUUGGUGAAGCAAUUCUGCACUGCAAAUAGUGUACAUGUACAUGUCACAGCCAGCCAGCUAUUUAUGACUGUGUUUCAAUGUGCCAACCAGUGCUAAAAAAAACAGUAUACUCACAAGCGCUAACGUUAAUGUAAAGUGAGCGUUAAUGUGGGACGCCCUACUUUUAAAGCUAGUUUAGACAUGUACGUGAUUAUGUAAUUUCAACUAAUACUUGAAGAAUGCUUAGGCAUGUAUGUUCAAUUAACAGGUUUUGCUUCCAUACAUUGAUGAAACUGGCAACUAUUUACAUUGUAAAGUUGCUUGUUCUUUCCUUUUUCCCUAGGAUGCAAACACACCGGUGUCAGAGUA